AGGAGGAUGAUGCGCAGAAGGAGACUGCGAGACGAGCAGGGAAUCGAACACACGCGGAGAAAAAAAAAAAUACACUCCGAAUCAGAAGGCCCCCCCCUUCUCCUCCUCCUCCUCCUCCUCCUCCUUCUCAUCAUCAUCCUCCUCCCAUCCUUGGACACACCCUGCCGAGGAUCACUGCUUCUCCGCUCUACUAUUUUUUUUAUUAUCGCACUCCACUAUCGGAGAGAACGCUCCUCUCUUCCUCCUCCGUCGUCCUGCCGAGAACCCCCUUCUUCUCUUCCUCCUUUUCAUCCUAUAGAGGACCCCCCCAUACAACCGUGACAGGCUGAGACCCUCCAUCAGGCUCCAGUUUGUAUUUUUUUUCUCUUUUUUUGGGGGGGGGAACUCCAGAGGGGGGCCGUGCGAGCAGAGCAACCCGACAAGCGCCGCCGAGCUUCCGCAGAAAAGAGGGACCUAGAUUUCCUUGUGGUUGCACGUCAAGAAUGGUUACUCAGAUAAUCAGCACCAUGGAAACCCAGGUGUCCAACGGUCCGAGCGGAACCAGUCUGCCCAACGGCCCAGUCAUCAGCACCAACGGCGCCACGGACGACAGCAAAACCAACCUGAUUGUCAACUACCUACCCCAGAACAUGACGCAGGAAGAGUUCAAGAGCUUGUUCGGUAGCAUCGGCGAGAUCGAGUCCUGCAAACUUGUCAGGGACAAGAUAACAGGUCAGAGUCUGGGGUACGGCUUCGUCAACUACGUGGAUCCGAACGACGCCGACAAGGCCAUCAACACACUUAAUGGUCUCAAACUACAGACUAAAACAAUCAAGGUAUCAUAUGCACGGCCAAGCUCUGCUUCUAUCCGUGACGCAAACCUCUACGUCAGUGGUCUCCCCAAGACCAUGAGCCAGAAGGACAUGGAACAACUCUUCUCCCAAUACGGUCGCAUCAUCACAUCUCGCAUUUUAGUGGACCAAGUUACAGCAGGCAUAUCACGAGGAGUGGGCUUCAUCCGGUUUGACAAACGAAACGAGGCGGAGGAGGCCAUCAAGGGUCUGAACGGACAGAAGCCUCUGGGCGCUGCCGAGCCCAUCACCGUCAAGUUUGCCAACAACCCCAGCCAGAAGACAGGCCAGGCCUUGCUGACUCAGCUGUAUCAGACGGCCGCCCGACGCUACACGGGGCCCCUGCAUCACCAGACGCAGCGUUUCAGCGUGAUCCCUUCUCUGGGAAAGGGACCAGAUCCAAAUAACAGCUCAAAACCAAUACUCGACAAUUUACUAAACGCCAGCUACGGAGUCAAGAGUUCUCCCACUCUCUUCCCCAGAUUCUCCCCGAUCACCAUCGACAGCAUGACCAGCCUCGCCGGCGUCAACCUCACCGGUCCCACCGGAGCCGGCUGGUGUAUCUUCGUGUACAACCUAUCGCCCGAGGCGGACGAAAGUGUCCUGUGGCAGCUCUUUGGGCCGUUCGGCGCAGUCACCAACGUCAAGGUCAUCCGUGACUUUACCACCAACAAAUGUAAGGGCUUCGGUUUUGUAACCAUGACCAACUACGACGAGGCGGCCAUGGCGAUCGCGAGCCUUAACGGCUACCGCCUGGGCGACCGCGUGCUGCAGGUUUCCUUCAAGACCAGCAAGCAGCACAAGGCUUGAGAGAGGGGCCAUUGGGCGCCAGCACCUUUGACCUGCACGGGGUGGGGGGCUAACCGGGUCUCCCCGUGCCAUCACUUUAUAUAUGGGCCUGGACUGAGUCUCUCUCUGACGCUUUCGCACACAAAUCCACGAUAUAUAAUCGCAGAACCCACAGACACGUGCAAACACGGAUACCGACACACAUGACCAAACCUAUCCAUAGGCAAGCAUCCACCAGUAGAGUUACAACCAAACACACUAGUGGAGUUUUUCCGUUCUCUUUCCACAACACGCUAGAACCUUCCCUGUCUUUGCCUGGAUUGAAUUAGAAGGGGUACGUAGCUGGUUUGUUGGGUAAAAAAAGGUUAAGAGCUAUCUAUUUAGGAGACAGUCGAAUGAAUGUGACAACGAAUGUGUGCUUUGAUUGAAUUCAGGCAAAUGAUGGCAACUGAUGAACAAAAGACAAAAAGAAUAUCGAUCAAAUUUUUUAACGAAUAUGUGCAAUUUACCCCAAACUUUUACCCCUAUAAUCUCUGCCGGUAUCACGCUGGAGAGGAUGUACUCAUUUUUGUUUCUUUUCUUUUUUUACACUUGGGCAUUUUGAAAUCAGUGACUUUUUUAAGAUCAAAGAAAAUGAAAUUAAGACACAGUGUUCUCUUAUAUACGUCUAUCGAAAAUAUAACUAUAUAUUCAAUAUACAGGUAUAAGGUGGUAAUAAUAGCCGUAUAUGUAAGCAUUUUCUAAAAACCUCGACUACUGUUUCCUGACCUGCUUUAGGCGGUGCCGAGGGUAAAGGCAGAUUCUCGACCCUAUGUGAGCAUGUUCGCUCUGACCCAAUGCCAUUUAAGUAAGCUUGUGAAUCUGGGAACUGGAAUUAGAAAUUCGUCCCCAUCCCGCAGUGUCACCCCAAACGAGUCGAGUCCACUCGAGCAAAAUAAUUCCUAAUCUAUCCUCAAGGUGGAAUAAACCGAAGCAGACUCUUUGUAUUCUCAAAGCUGAGGGGCGAGGGGGUACAUCAAGAACUCGCUGCUGGGCUUGAGAUCGAUUAUCCGCUCAAUUCGAAAAGACAUUUUUUGCUUUUGUUUUCGCAACGCUUUAAGCGCAUCUGUGCGUAAUCUGGCAUGAGAUGCUUCAGGCGAUCAAAACAUUUGAAGAAACAUACGAACCUAAACCACACACCUGACACGAUGGUUCUUGCCGGCUGACAAAGUAAUAACAUUUAAAUCGGCUUGUCAGAUCUGCAGAGAAAUAACACGCGCUUUGAACCGACGCUUCUCGGUUUUUAUCCCUUUCGAACAACAACUCGAUGGCUUCGCCGCCAAACUCCCGCCCUAACAAGACAACCGAGUAACAUCGAGACGAUAAAUAGUGUCGAACUUGCACUUCUGAUUGAUUUGCAUCACGUUUCUCAAAAUAUCUCCAACCCAGUGACGUGGAAUUUAUUACCGGCACCCUUGAUGGAACAUUAAGGGCCCGCCCGUCUGAUCUGAAGUGUCUGUCACAGAGCAGACGUGAGACGCUCUACCAUGGGGAGGGGCAAACGUCUUUCGAUAUCUGCACACGGUCUUAGAUUAAAUAGGGUCAACUAUAUUCAAGACAGGUUCUGCUUUUUGCUUUUCUAAAUGACGCUGUGUUAGCCAAAGAGGACGAUCUCUUUGAAAGGAUUACAUUAGAGAUAAAUCUAUUUUUAUACAUACAAAGGAACAAGACCUUGUGCUGAAUUUUUACAGAUUCUUAAGCUUGGGAAAAAAAAAAAAUUGGGACAUCGCAUGGCUUUAUUUUAAACCCUCUGAUGUUUGCCGCCGUGAGAGGGAAGGGAAACGAGCAUGCGGUGUGCGGGGUGGGGAUGUCGGGAUGGGGCAGAGGAACAUUGUAUCGCAACACACCAACUUAAACCGCUCGACCGUGGCUAACGUUUUGAAGACAAACUUGACAGUUAAGAAGAAGAACACAACCGAAUCUGACAUCAAAUAAAAACUAGGUCAAGCUGAACCGUUCGGGGAUACGGCACGCAUUUAUUCUUUGGAGUGCUCGCAACUCGUGUACAGUGUUGCUUCGUGCUAGCUCUUUGACGUGCGAAUCCCAGACGGGGAUAAAAAAAUAGAAAUAGUGCGGUGAGACCAUCUCAUUGACCGGCUGACAAAACGAAUCGCUGCUUGCAACGCAAAAAAACAAAAAGGCGCAGAUUUGAAAUGACAAUGCGGCCUUGCGGUGAACACUGAGCACGAUUCCUUGGAUAGAUUUGAUUUUUUUGCCAAAGAGUUUGCUUUGCAAGUCAGUGAAACUUUAAUCUAUCACAACCCCCUCUCUCCCCCCCCGCCGCCCUGAUUAAUUGCUGUACAAAUCUGUUAUUUAUGCCGUCUUUAAGGACCCUCUCCACACUUUUUGAACAUCUCUCCUGCGCAUAUCAUUUGUGGAUCCUAAAACCCAGCGAGCUCUAUUACGCUGAUACAUCACAGCAGCGAGCAAAUCCCAUUUGCACACAUUUCACGCAGACGACGAACGUUAAGAAGGCAUAUCAGAAACAAGCCAUGAAUCGCAUCACCUCUCUUAAGUCAGCAUUGGAUCGAGUUUACCUCCCUCGAUAUUUCCAUCAUCUGCUUUUGUCUCACCACCGAUUCAAUCCAUAGACUCAUCACGCCGCUUCAAAUACUUCAUCUUUGUCGAUCUCACCGCUGUUAUUUAGCAGGACUAAUACGGCUAUUUUCAGUCGGGCAUUAGCGCCCGGAUACCGAGUAUGUUCGCUUUUGAGAUCAGAGCCGUUCAAUGUAUCUCAGUCCACCCACAAAACCCGGAUUGAACUUCCAUACUCACAGACCACCUUCAACUCAUAACGUACAGAAGAGAGCCGAGGAACGGGAAAGAGUACCACACACAUACACACACACACCGCUCGAGCGACAACAAUAAUCAUAUUUAAAAAAAAAAAGACAAAAAAACUUUCCUAUGGAACAGUAAGUGCAAUGUGCUUUGUUUUUAUAUUGACUGAGAACAAAUGAUAUAUAUUUUUUAAAAAAGAAAUGAAACGUCACACUGAAAAGGUUUGCGGAAAUAGCGAAAGGAACAAACAAGAGAUCAGACGACCAACCGCGCGCGGACGAGACGGCUCGUUAGGAGAAAUCAAACGAGAGCUCUGAUCUGUAAAUUUCCAUAACGACCUCCUCAGCCCCCGUAAUUUGCGCUCUGACCACGCGAGCUCAAACGCUCCGACAAAAACAGAGCAAUCAUCAGUGACCUUGAAAGGAAUACUGUCUUAAUAGAUCAUCCGUUUUUUAGCCCAUGUCGACUGAUAUCAUUUUUAUUUAUUUUUUUGCUUGUAAUUUAUUGAUUUCAAUUGCAUAUCAGGACUCACUUGUUAAAUGAGUGUAUUUGUUGAUGUUGCCAUAGAGAACACACAUAUGGGUCAAGAUUAUGUUUGGUUGCAUCGAUUGGGUACGGUUUGUUCUUUUUUCCUCCAUUAUCUGAUUAGUUGCAGUUUUUUAAAGUGUAUGCCGGUUUUAGACUUAGUUAGAUUCUUUUUGUUCAAUCAAAACUGUGUUCGAUUGUGUUUGUAAAAGUCUGUGGUAGCUUUUGUUGCAACAUAAAAAUAAUUUAAAGUGAAAAAAAUCAAAAUAGCGCCAACAAACUUGUAUUAUUUGGGCGACUUUAAGCUUGUAGUUUUAACUUAUUGUUAACUUAAAAACUAUUUAUUAUGAUUAUUAUUAUUAUUAUUAUUAUUGCCUCGUACAAAGUAUGUUUUGUGUAUAUUUAUGGUUUAUUUCGUUAUAUUUUGCAAGGUUAAAAGUUUUUUGCCAAAAUUGUGGUUACACCAUUUCGUUUUUUGGGGAGAGAGAGCGAGAGAAAAAAAAAAACUGGGGGACGACUAGAAAAACAGCUUUAGAAGUUCGAUUUGGAAAAACGUUCUCCAUAGUCAAAGAAUGCACUGCUAUAUUUAACUAAUUGAACUGUAUAAACAUACAUGCUGUGUGCUAGAUGUUAUGCCUUUACUGCCUGUGUUCUGUUUGUCUUGUUCAAUGAAAAAUCUUUUAAUUAUUUAACCUAAUCACAGUCUUGCUUUUUUUACCCAAACCGCUCAGUCAGCCCGCGAGACAACGGGACAGCCCCUCCACCAUCCAGAAGGAGGCGGCGGGGUUGUCCCUUGCAAGAUGCUUUCCUGUACACGCUUGUCUAAAAAUGGAUUUAGAAAGUGCACCUACAUUGUUUUGUGCC